AUGGCCGAGGAAGGAAUGUACGAUGACCAAAAUGGGGAGGAUACGGGCAUGACGGGCCCGGGAGCGCCCACUCCUCUCACCGCUCUUGAGGGGCUAGCAGGACUGACAAAACGUGAUAUUCAACUUGUCAUGGAGGGAGGCUUCAAUACCGUCGAAUCGGUUGCGUAUACCCCACGCCGGGUUCUCGAACAGAUUAAGGGCAUCUCGGAGCAAAAAGCAGCGAAAAUUUUAGGCGAAGCGAACCGCUUCGGGCUGUCCGGAGAAGAGGUUCUGGAUAAUGUUGCGUAUGCGCGAGCAUACAACUCAGACCAUCAGCUUCAGCUAUUGAACCAGGCAGCUUCUAUGAUAACUGAUUUUCUGGGCCGAGGUGAAUUGUCGUCGCGGCAGACUCACCUCGCUAAAUUCAUGCGGACGCUGCAAAGGCUUGCGGACGAGUUUGGCAUUGCUGUGGUCAUCACUAAUCAGCUGCAUGGAGCCAAGAUGGAGUCCAGGGAAGCACAACGACCAACCGGAAAUGGAGGCAAAGAUCUGGACGAAGAGACGGCGUUUGCGCUCAAAAAUCUGGCCCCCGCGACAUCCAUCUUCCAGCGAAAAUCUUCGACCGCCCCGACGAGCUUCCUUUGGAGAAUUCUUGAUGAUGGGACGGUUCUGAGUGUGAGGGCGAUUGAUGUGUGCAAAGAGCAAAAGGCCCUCGAUGCGACACUCGUUCUCAAUUUCAACUUCUCUAUUCCCAUCCAGCCCUUAUGUGUUGCGCUAGCCGAACCCGAUGACCACGAUGCGCUUUUCGUCUACGCCGUUGACCAGUUAAAUCACCUCUAUUCAUUCGCUCUGCGCCCGGAGAUGUUUUCACGAAGGUCGUCUCUGGAUUCUAGCAUUGGCGACGCGAACCUCGUUCGUCUCAUCGAGACUGGACCGGGUCGAGGGCUUUGCGUAACCUUUUCUCCGAUCGGGACUGGCGAGUUCAAAUUCUGGAAGGUAGUGGCAAAGACGGAUUCUGACGUUUUGGUUGAUGAUGCCUUUCCAACUGAACAUUUCAUCCCAGAUGCACCAUCACUCUCCGAUGCCUGGACUCUGGCCGAUUUCUCGAUCUCCGAGAUUGCUGAUGCCAAGUUCCAUCUCUGGAUACUUUGGAAGAACAAUACCACAUACAGGGUCCAAAGGCUUUGUCUCGGCUUGACGGAUAUGGCCGAGUCCUGGCAGUCUGGGAGCGAGGCCGUGUACUUCGACUCCAGCCCUCCAACGGCGGAAACCUCGGGGCCCUGUGACCCAACAGACACGACGGAACGGUGGUUGGAUAUAAUUCUCUGUCCAGGCCGUUUCACCAAAUCCACGCUGGAGACUGCGUUGGCUAUCUAUGAGCGUGGAUUGGGCAAAAAGUCUGACAGCCCGUCGAAAGGGCCCCUGGCCUUGCCGGAGGCCAUCUGUUCUGUGCUUGCUUCUACGGCUGCCCUAGAGCGAGGACCGUCCGGUGGGAUGGAUUAUGAGCAGUUCCGGUCUGCCGGCGAGAUCCACUGGAGGCGUUUCUAUCGUCUACUCAUGGAACUCGAUAAGAGGCGAAGCGAGGCAGUGUCACUGAUCGUGGACCCCAACGCCGAUACCGCCUGGGUCCGCAUUCAAUAUCUCUCAGAUAAGGCAGGUUUCUGGCGGGGUGUCACUGAGGAAGACUGUGGUCCUGUUGUCGAGAGUCUUGGCCAAAAUUUUAGCCUGGUGACGCUCGAGUUAUACGACCAGAUCAUUGAGCUGGUCGCGCCGGAUGAUUCUACUAACCGAAAUAUUCGUUAUCCGUUGACCGACUUCGGGAGAAGACUCGUCGCCCGGACGGUUCAAGAAAACCUAGAGUUGCAUUGGAGAGUAUGCUUUAGCCAACUCAUCCUUCUUGUGCAUAUGGAAUUUGAGUUUGAGCAAGAGGAAGACGCUUUGCACCACCGCGUCGAUAUCGGGGGCGUGUUCCGCAGGCUUGUCGCUAUUCUGCGCCGUCUUGAGCUCUUGAGGUGGCUUUCGAAGACGGAAAUAUCAGUACCGGUCCGAAAGGACCGAAUUGGACCAAGUUCCGGCUCGCCUGCUGCGCAAAAACGUUCGAGCGAAGAGUCACAGACGAUUAGUGCGUUAGAAGGGAGUGUGGGUCAUCUUCUUGGCCUGACAGAUGCUAGGCGCGAGCCACUCGCCUCAAGCCUCACCAAGAUCGUGACUAGUCUCUGUUCACCAGAUAGCGACAUCGAACUGUCGCCCGCCCAUAUUCAAUGCUUUCUCAUCAAGAGGGACAGGGCUGACCUUGCUGCCGAGCUUAUUCCCUUUGCCGACCAGAACCCCUUCUCCACCUACGUCCAGGGCCGCGUGUUUCUCGCUCUUAAAGACUUUUCUUCUGCUGCCGUCUCCUUCAAGAAGGCAGCAACAGGGCUGAGUGUGGAAGAUGCGGGCACCGAUAGGCACAGUGUUGGCCUUCUUGAUGAUAGCGAGUGGAAUCUUCUCUUCAAGGGCAUGGCCAAGUAUUAUUGUCACGUCGUUUCCCUAUUUGAGAAAAUGAGGGCGUACUCAUACGUCGUCGAAUUCUCACGACUUGCACUUCAGUUUUCUUCCAGCGCCGGAUCUGAUAGUGAGCUUAUGCGGACGGAAAUGCUCAGUCGCCAAUUCAAUGCCUCAGUCGCUAUCUCCCAGUUUGAGGUAGCACAUUCGGCCCUGCUUUCCAUGAGCGACCACGCCAUGCGGCAGUCUAGCCUGCGCAAGCUCAUCGAUAAGAUGUGCGAGUCCUGCCAUAACAUUGAGCUAACUUCACUUCCAUUCACUGGCCUAACGACGGCCGUUGACAAGAUUCUCGCAAGUAGAUGCCAAAAUUCAGCCGACAUGGCCCACGGUGUGCCUUACCAUCAGAUUCACUACUCGUGGAGAAUCAGCCGAAAUGAUUAUAGGGGAGCUGCCUCAGUCCUGCUAGACAGGAUACGGAACCUCCAGGCAGCUGGAGAAGGAGAUAAAUUCGUUGGCGAGGAUAUCCUUGAUACGCCUGUAACACGGCACUACCUCCUCCUCAUUAAUGCCCUGAGUUGCGUGGAUCCUAAACAAGCGUGGAUCUUCUCGGACGAGUCCGACGAUACACAAAGUUACAACACCAGCAAGAAAGGCAAGAGAAAGGUUGUCACAUUGGCGGAUGUUAGGAAACAGUACCAAGAUGAGCUAGACAGGAUCGCUGCUAUCCAGAAUGACCAGUUUGGGUUUGAGGCGGACGAUGCGAUGCAAAUUCUUUGA